CCACAUUCUAUUUUUGUCAUUAUUACAAGUACUUGUUUGCUAUGGAUUCCAGGAUCCAGGAUGUACAAGAAAAACUUAAAAAGGAGCGAAUGGUUUUGGAUGGCGCUACAAGGAUGCUUGCCGUUCAGACCCAGGCCAGUGCUCGUCAGAUGGUUGAAGUCAAUGUUGUCGAGGCUCAGAAGCGUAUCGAGUUUCUAGAGAGUGAACUGCGCAAGCUCUAUAUUAAACGAGAUCCUACAUCCACUGCUGCUUCUAUCCCAUCUUCUCUUCCACCAUCGUCAUCACACCCCACGGGGCUGGCCAUGAGCGGCUCGUUGACACAAAUGAAUCUACACGAGUCUACUGGCGGCCAUUCUAGCGUCACCGCCCGAACUUCCACUUCAAAUCUGGAUUCAUCUCGUCAAGGAGUUACUAUUAUUGGUGGAUCCUCUUCGCAUUCUGUGGAUGAUUUACCUGAUUCAGGACCAGCUCUGAACACUGUGGAAACUAAUUUUGACUUUCUCCGAUAUGGAGCUGCCAUCACAGCUGAGCAGGUUCAAUUCCGUGUCAAGAAAAUUCAAUCAAAACUAGACAUUGAACAAAAGGUGCGGACAGGAACAGAGAAUAUGUUGGCAGCUCUUGGCUCCACAAUCAAUGAUGAUCCUAAACGAAAGGCACGAUUGGAUCAGCGUCUUGCCGAGGCUAAAGUCAAGGAGAUGCUGCUUUUCAAGGCAAAAACCAAACUAGAUCAGAUCUAUCUGAAAGAUAAUGAGCAUGAAGAUGAUUCUCAUAUCUACGAAUCAUCAAAACGUAAAACAGGAAAACUUUCAGUUAAAGUUAUUGGUGCAGCCAACAUCACUGGUAGAAAAUCACAGCGUGAGGAAAUCAUUGCUCAAGUGCUAGUAGACAGUGUUUUAAAAUACACUACUCGUCCAAGUAGACAAAAGUGGGAAGAGUCUAUGGAUUUGACAGUAGAUAAAGCACUGGAAGUUGAAAUCAAUAUAUUGGAGAAAAGCGGCGCGCUGCUUGCCAUGUGUUGGUUCAAGAUAGCAGAUUUGGACGAAAAUUUGGAAAAGCGGUUUGGAAUCAAUAGGCCAUCAAGUAUGGAUACUGUGCCAGAGACUUGGUUAGAGAUGGAGCCAAGCGGCCAGUUGCAUAUCAAGCUCAGUUUUGCCUCUGUUCAAAGAUCCAAAACAGAAAAGGAUCGUAUUUUCCGUCGCAAUCCUGUACAGAAGAUAUACCCUCGCAAUGGACAUAGAUUUUUUGCAAUGCAAUUUUACCAAGUUAUGCAGUGUGCUUUUUGCAACGAAUUUCUUGGCCGCCAGGGAUAUCAAUGUCAAACUUGCCGGUAUACUGUUCAUCCCAAGUGCCAUCACCGUGUGAUUACAAAGUGCAUUAGUUCUGAAGAAAUCAACACUGAUAAAAACACAGGCCAGCUUUUGAAGUAUAAGAUACCUCACAGAUGGGAUAAUGUUACCAAUCUCCUUGCCGCAUGGUGCGUCCACUGUGGAUACCUAAUUCCUCCAGGUCGGAAAAUUCAUCGAUGCUCAGAGUGCUCUCGCAGUAGCCAUAAAGAAUGCUCCAUGAUGGUGCCUUACUUUUGCGGGUUGGCACCAGAUAUGGCAGAUACUCUUAUGGCAGCCUUUGACGAGCAUGAAAAGAAAAUGAUUCAGAAGGAACUAGAAGAGGCUGAAAAAUCUCGUACAAUCAUGCCGAUAUUUGAUUCUGUUACUAGCACGGACAGUGCCGAGUUUUCAGCUGAAAGGAUUGGCGGUGAGGAUGUAAGCCACACAGUCUCAGACGGAGUUGCUAUUCCUGUACCUGCUAUGGGCACUUCCAAUCUUGAGUCUAUCAAUAAGAUACCGGGACCUACUCCUCCUCCAAUCAAAGAAUCUUCACCAAGCUUUCGAAAAUCUAUUGAUAGAUCUGUAAGUUAUUAUUUUGCUCCACGACCUUCUGGGACUGAUUUCCAUGUUUCAGCACGAACCUCUUCUCUCAAAAUCAAGAUGCCACCUAAAGAUGUUACGCUCGAGGACUUCCAUUUCGUUGCUGUUCUUGGUCGCGGUGCUUUUGGAAAGGUUAUGCUUGCCACUGAAAAGACUACAAAUCAAGUCUAUGCCAUCAAGGCAUUAAAAAAAGAGUUUAUUAUUCAAAACGAUGAUGUCAAGAGUACCAAGCUUGAAAAGUUUAUUUUCCAGGCUGCUUCAGCUGAGCAUCAUCCAUUUAUGGUGAAUCUUCACUCAAGCUUCCAAACUGAAUCUCGCAUUUAUUUUGUCAUGGAAUAUGUUGCUGGUGGAGAUUUGAUGUGUCACAUUCAAGACAAGAAGCGCUUUUCUCAAGCGCGUACGAGGUUUUACGCCUGUGAAGUAUUGCUUGCUUUACAGUACUUUCACCUUAACAACAUUGUUUAUCGUGAUUUGAAACUUGAUAAUAUUUUGUUGGGGAUAGAUGGACACAUCAAAGUAGCUGAUUACGGUAUAUGUAAGGCAAAUAUGCCAUAUGGUGCUACUACUUCAACGUUUUGUGGUACUCCCGACUACAUGGCCCCUGAGAUUUUGAUGAACCGACGAUACGGCGUUGCUGUUGAUUGGUGGUCAUUUGGUGUACUUAUUUUUGUCAUGCUUGUUGGCCGCUAUCCUUUCCAUGGUGAGGAUGAAAACGAUAUUCUGGAAGCCAUUUUGUCAGAUUCGAUUGAAUAUCCAUCCAAUAUGCCACGCAUCACACUGUCGCUCUUACAAUCACUUAUGAACAAGGUACCAUCUCGUCGACUGGGAGGAGGAAGCGCUGACGCAGAAGAAGUCAAGAAGCAUCCUUAUUUUGUAAAUGUAGAUUGGGCAGCAUUAAUGAGAAAAGAAAUGACUGCACCCUUUGUUCCUACAAUUGCUGGCACAUUUGACGUGUCUAAUUUUGACAAGGAGUUCACGUCCGAACAGCCUGUGUUGACACCGAUUAGCUCGGUACUGGGCGAGAUGGACCAGAAAGAGUUUAAUGAUUUCCAGUACAUCUCAGAUUGGGCAUAUCAAGCACGGUGUGCUGCAUCUAUUCAAUGCAAGUAGCGAUGUGAUUGUUGGUUUAGAAGCAGUAGGAAUGGGAUGUAUUGCUUUUGGCAUUGUAUCUGGAAUGCUCAUGGAUGAAGGGCUGAGAUUGCUUGUUAUGGAAAGUUUAAGUUGGAGAAUUAAAUAAAAGGUUGGCUUUUAUUAUAACUGG